UCAUCGUCGAACAACAAAGACAUACAUGCACAGAACAAUCACCUGCUAACAACUCGCUGCUUAUCCCUCACACCCUCUUGCUACCUCCUUUGAUACAACUAUUAACCAACCGCCCAAAACCAGGCGUCGGACCACGAUAAAGACCCAUCUCCAGCCAUCGAAUUCGCGAUUCCUUUUGGUCCCUGCGCUGCGUAGCCACGCCCCACUGCCGUCCCAACUUCUUAAGGGUCCGGUCUCCCGAGCAAUCCUUAUCAAACAACAUGUCGCACUUCAGCAACAUGGCCGCCCCUCACCCAGUAUCCCCCAGGACUACUACACCAAACUCUGGGAGUAGGACCAUGGAGGUCCGCCCUCAGCCUGUCCUGCGUCUGUCAGCACCUUCGGGCGUGCUCCGUCUGCGAGCAGAGCCCUCGCAACGUCGACACAUUCAAUGGGCGGAAGACGUGGUUGACAAUGAAGGCAUGGGGAAGAAAUCAUCCAAAGUCUGCUGCAUUUAUCACAAGCCCCGCGCUGCCGACGAGUCUUCCGACGAUGACUCUUCAGAUUCAUCAUCAGACUCAGAUUCAGACUCUGAGCCCGACAACAGCACCGCAAGACCUGCUGGAAGAAUUGGCGGUGCGCGCGGCAGACGGCCACAUCAGCACGAUGAUGGUUGUGAAGACGUCCACGAUCAUGGCGAGGCCUCUGGUACCCCGCAAAAGCACAAACGUCAACGGAGGAAGCCAAGCCCGAAUGCUUACGAGAAGAUGCCGAAGCAGAAGAAGUGAACUUCAAUUGCGCUUCAGAUGGCAGACUCACUUGGUCAUGCCGGGAGCUGGCUUGUACGACUUGGAAACGAUUCUCAUUGCUUGGAGUUACGGGUGUUCACGAGACACGUUAUGAUUGGGACUGCGUCAUUGCAUAGCGCUGGUAACGGACUUGGAUAGUCCGUAAAACUUCGUUUUUCGCUGUUGAAAUUUGGCGCAUUGAAGCUUUUACAUCAUCCUGUAGCAUUAAAUUUGCGCAUGUGAAGUUGGGACAUGUAUCCCUCUUAUGCUUAUUC